UUCAGUUCUUCCCAUAGUCCAAUGAGUCAACUUUGAAGGCUUCACUGAACCUUGCAUUGACAAUGGCGCCGCGGCUGCCACUCGAGGUCGCCUCUUCUCCCCAGCUCGACGACGACGGCCACCCACGCCGCACUGGCGAUCUGUGGACAUGCGUGGCGCACAUCAUCACCGCCGUGAUCGGGUGCGGCGUGCUGGCGCUGUCGUGGAGCGUCGCGCAGCUCGGCUGGGUCGCCGGGCCCGUCGCCAUGGUGUGCUUCGCCUUCGUCACCUACAUCUCGGCCUUCUUGCUGUCGCACUGCUACAGGUCGCCUGACUCGGAGAAGAUGCAGAGGAACUACUCCUACAUGGACGCCGUCAGAGUUCACUUGGGGAGGAAGCACACUUGGUUAUGCGGUUUGCUGCAGUAUCUGAACCUGUAUGGGAUAGGAAUCGCUUACACCAUCACUACAGCGACUUGUAUGAGGGCAAUCAAGAGGGCGAACUGCUACCACAGGGAAGGCCGUGACGCUCCCUGCGACGCAAAUGGUGAACACUUCUACAUGCUGCUCUUCGGAGCAGCCCAGCUGCUGCUGUCCUUCAUCCCAAAUUUUCACAAGAUGGCAUGGCUGUCCGUCGUCGCGGCGAUCAUGUCGUUCGCCUACUCCACCAUCGGCCUCAGCCUCGGCCUCGCCAAGACCAUCGGUAAUGGAACUGUGAAAGGAAACAUUGUUGGUGUUGCAAUGGCGACCCCUAUGCAGAAGGUUUGGCGAGUGGCUCAGGCGAUCGGUGACAUCGCCUUCGCCUACCCGUACACCAUCGUCCUCCUGGAGAUACAGGACACGCUGAGAUCGCCGCCGCCUGAGAGCGAGACGAUGCAGAAGGGCAACGUGAUCGCCGUCGUCGCCACCACCUUCUUCUACCUCUGCGUCAGCUGCUUCGGGUACGCCGCCUUCGGCAACGCCGCGCCGGGCAACCUGCUCACCGGCUUCGGCUUCUACGAGCCCUACUGGCUCAUCGACUUCGCCAACGCCUGCAUCGUGCUCCACCUCCUCGGCGGCUACCAGAUGUUCAGCCAGCAGAUAUUCACCUUCGCCGACCGGUGCUUCGCGGCGAGCUUCCCGAACAGCGCGUUCGUGAACAAGUCGUACUCGAUCAAGAUCAUCCCGUGGGGCGGCGGCGCGGCGAGGUGCGAGGUGAACCUGCAGCGGGUGUGCUUCAGGACGGUGUACGUGGCGAGCACGACGGGGCUUGCCGUGGUGUUCCCCUACUUCAACGAGGUGCUGGGCGUGCUCGGCGCGCUCGUCUUCUGGCCGCUGGCGAUCUACCUCCCCGUCGAGAUGUACUGCGUGCAGCGGCGGAUCCCCCCGUGGACGCCGCGGUGGGCGUUGCUUCAGGCGUUCAGCGUCGUCUGCUUCGUCGUCGGCACCUUCGCGUUCGUCGGCUCGGUGGAAGGCGUCAUCAGGAAGAGGCUUGGCUAGCUAGACGCCGGAAACAAAAUGUCAAGCUCCGUGUGGCUGCCACUCGAUCUGAACUCAGAAGCACUGUGAAGUGAACUGUACAA